UUUACAAUAUGGUCUAAACUUGGAAUUUAGCAUUAAUUUUAAUUUAAAGUUCCCCCAUUUUCUGGCGUUUUUAUUUUUCGCUGGUACGAAUUUGCAAAAUCCGAAGCUAAAUAAGAAGGAAGAGAAGCCAUAAUCUGUCUGAGAGAAAAGAAGGUUCUGAUCGUGUUCCUGGUCUUGAUAGCAAACCAAAUCUUUCUGUCUUCAUUCUCUCCUUACACAUUUUGUCUUCCUUUACUCUUCCAACAAUUGAAUUCCAGGGCUUCAUUUUGCCCGUUGCGAAUUCAAGCUCAGAGAAUGCAUGUAAUAACACUUUAACUGGUGGUGCCAUGGUAAAACAGUAUUGUGGGAAUUUCUCUUUGCCAUGGACAUUGCGAAUUGACAGAAAUGUAUCAGAUGGCAACUGUACUGUAGCAUGAGGGCAGUUUAUGAUAUUAUAAUUCCAAGGUUUUACAUGUUAAAACAAGGAACUAGUAUAACUCAUGUGGUUCCUUGUUUAUAGAAGCAAAGAAAUUGCUAGAAAAUUGUAGCUAAUGCCGCUGUUGGCUUAGUUUGGCUCAAGAUUUGGAAUAAUAAUUGAAUUCAGGGAAAUUCAUUUACAUGGGUAAUAAGCUUGGAAGAAGGAGACAGAUGGUUGAUGAGAAGUACACAAGGCCUCAGGGGCUUUACAACCAUAAAGAAGUGGAUCAUAAGAAACUUAGAAAACUCAUACUUGAAUCAAAGCUGGCUCCAUGUUAUCCUGGAGAUGAGGAAUGCGCCUCUGAUCUCGAAGAAUGCCCCAUUUGCUUUCUGUAUUAUCCAAGUCUCAAUCGAUCAAGAUGUUGCAUGAAAAGCAUUUGUACAGAGUGUUUUCUACAGAUGAAAGUUCCAAAUUCUACCCGGCCUACACAAUGUCCUUUUUGCAAAACUUCAAAUUAUGCUGUGGAGUAUCGAGGUGUGAAAUCAAAAGAAGAGAAGAGUUUGGAGCAAAUUGAAGAACAGCGUGUUAUAGAAGCAAAAAUUAGAAUGCGGCAGCAGGAACUUCAGGAUGAUGAGGAGAGAAUGCAGAAAAGACAUGAAUUAAGCACCUCUAAUGCAGAUAUGACUGUGGAAGAUGUUGAAUACAGCUCUGCAGCUGUUCCAUCUUCUCAGUCACCUGCCGAAGAUGAGGAAAUAGUUGGCUUGCCAGAUUCUUGUAUGACCCCGAUCAGACCGCCUCCACCUCCUAUACCUAUUAGGAGCAACAGAAAUUUCAGGGAUGAUGAAUUUGACCUGGAUCUUGAGGACAUAAUGGUCAUGGAAGCAAUCUGGCUCUCGAUUCAGGAGAAAGGGAGGCACAAAGAUCCAGUUUACACCGAUGCUGCCUCGUCUGAUCGAUAUGCUGCAACCGAAGGUCGAUAUGUCUCUCCAGCCACCAUUCCAUUAGCUGGAACAUCAUCGUCAUCACCAUCUGGUGGUCUGGCUUGUGCCAUAGCUGCUCUUGCAGAGCAACAGCAGAUGGGUAGGGGACCAUCAUCCGUUUGUGCAAAUGGAGAUUCAUCAGUCUUCAAUAUGCUUCCUGGAACCACAGAAUUCUACAACCGGAUGAACACUGAAGUAGAAAAUUAUCCCACCGCACAAGUCCCGAUUGACACGGAAAAUUAUCCAACUGCACAAGUCCCGAUCGACACGGUACCGGAUUGUAGGAUGAUCUUAACGCGAAAUAAUGGAGAGUGGAAUAUGGACAAUCAAUCAGAAGAAGCUGAAGCUGGGACAAGCUACCCGACCUCUGACUCGACUGAAAAUGGUACCGAAUGUGCUUUACCCACAACCAACGCAAUUGAGGGUGGAAACCAAGCAGCAUUACCCAUUGUUCCUCAGAAUUUUGAGGAGCAGAUAAUGCUGGCCAUGGCUGUUUCGCUGGCUGAGGCUCGGGAAGUGUCUACUGGACCCGGGCAUCCCUGGCAGCCGUGAUUGUGAUCAUACUGAAACUCGAACAUUAUGUUUUAGCCAAUAGCAAAGUAGCUGGCGGAGCAUCGGUGGCGUAGCCAAGCUCUGAGCUAGGGAUGCACACAAGGAGUGGCUUGGUGUCUGUUCAAAGGUGAAGGUAGCGACUUCCUCUCCCCGGAUCCUCGGGCUGAAAAGGGGGAAAAGAAAAGAGGAAAAAUGGAAUACAAAUUCUUUUAGUGAAUUAAAAUUUGCUGGUUCAUUCAAGUUCUUGGUUGGCUAUAUUUCUUUUUUCCUCUUUAUUAUUGAAAUCUUGUCUCAUCAUGUUUACCUCGUGGAAGUUUAUAAUCCUUUUAGUGCAUCCUGUAAUGUAUGGUCUAUAUGUAAAGUAUUUCUCUCUCGUUAGUCUUUACCACUCAAUUAAUGGAAUUUCCAUAUCCAUUAUUCUUAUAA